GUUUCCGGUGUUGUGAACGUCUCGGGGAAAGAUGGCGGUCAGCAUCCGAGGCCGUCCUAUCCGAAGUAUACGGAUGAGAGGUCGAAAUGACAGUGGGGAGGAAAAUGUACCACUCGAUCUCACAAGAGACCCCUCGGAAAACAUGCGAGAGAUCCUCCAGAAUGUGGCCAAACAACAGGGAGUCUCAAACAUGCGCAAACUCGGCCAUCUGAACAACUUUAUUAAGCUGCUCUGCAAUGUCGGGCACUCAGAGGAAAAGUUUGGCUUUACCUAUGAAGAAAUUAUUAUCUGCCUCAGGUUGGCGUUGCUCAAUGAGGCUAAGGAGGUGCGUGCGGCUGGUCUGCGUGCCCUCCGCCACCUCAUCAGAGACAGUAGUACCCUUCAGAAAGUGCUUCAUCUCCAGGUGGAUUACCUGAUUGCUAGAUGCAUUGACAUCCAGCAAAGUAACGAAGUGGAACGCACACAAGCUCUCAGACUGGUGAGAAAGAUGAUCACUGUGAAUGCCCUGCUCUUCCCAAGCUCGGUCGCAAACUCUCUCAUCGCUGUGGGCAACGACGGAGUCCAGGAGCGGGACCGCAUGGUUCGGGCCUGCAUCGCCAUAAUCUGUGAACUCGCACUGGCGAACCCAGAGAUUGUGGCCAAGAGGGGUGGGCUCAGCACCAUUCUGAAGAAUGUAAUCGACUGUCAGCUCAGUCGAAUCAAUGAGGCUCUUAUGACCACCAUUUUGCACCUGCUCAACCAUCCACGUACACGGCAAUAUGUUCGCUCGGAUGUGGAGCUUGAGCAAAUCUUGGCACCUUACACAGACUUUCACUACAGGCACAACCCAGAUACCGCAGAGGGUCAACUCAAGGAAGACAGGGAGGCUCGAUUUUUGGCCAGUAAGAUGUCAAUUGUUGCUUCCUUUCGCUCUUGGUCAGGCAUCAUAAACCUCUGCAAGUCAGGCAAUUCGGGAAUCCAGUCGCUCAUUGGUCUGCUGUGUAUACCAAAUAUGGAAGUGCGGCAAGGUCUGCUGGAGGUAAUGUAUGAGAUAUUCAGACUCCCCGUUCCCGUGGCGACGCAAGAUUUUAUAGAAGCUCUCCUCAGUGUGGACCCCAGUAGGUUUCAAGACACAUGGAGACUGUCAGAUGGUUUUGUAGCCUCAGAAGCAAAAAUUAUACUUCCGCAUAGAGCACGGUCCAGACCUGAUUUGAUGGAUAAUUAUCUCGCCUUGCUACUUUCUGCCUUCAUCAACAGUGGACUUUUAGAGGGUCUGGUGGAGGUGAUCACCAGCAGUGAUGAUAACGUUUCAGUUUGUGCCGCCAUCCUCUUAGGAGAACUCUUGCACAUGGCCAACACCAUCCUCCCUCAUUCUCAUAGUCACCACCUGCACUGCCUGCCCACUCUGAUGAACAUGGCUGCUUCUUUUGAUAUUCCUCAGGAGAAAAGAUUACGGGCCAGUGCUGCUGUGAAUUACUUGAAGCGGUUUCACGAGAAGAAGAAACGUGGCCUCAAACCCAGCAGUCUUUACUUGGACCACAUUAUUCGCAACUCGCUGGCUGCUAAUUGCUAUCGGGAUCAGCACAUCAGGCCCCAGAGAGACAUUUUUGUUAUUAAGGACACAGAGGAGGCUCUAAUGUUAAACCUCAGAGAGAGCCAGAUUCUCAAUCAUAAACAGAAUUUGGACUGGAACUGGAUUCUGAUCAGUACCAUAUUGAAGUGGCCAAAUGUAAACAUUCGAAACAACAAAGACGAGCAGCUGCACAAGUUUGUGCGAAGGCUGCUGUUUUUCUACAAGCCAAGCAGUAAGCUGUAUGCCAGCCUGGAGCUGGAUCACAGCAAGGCCAAGCAAUUAACAGUGGUGGGCUGUCAGUUUAUUGAGUUCCUGCUGGAGUCAGAUGAGGAUGGCCAGGUGUAUCUUGAGGACCUGGUAAAGGAUAUUGUGCAGUGGUUGUCCUCAUCCUCUGGGCUAAAGCCAGACCGUAGUCUGCAGAGCAACGGCCUGCUCACCACCCUAAGCCAGCACUACUUUCUCUUCCUGGGCACGCUCUCAGCACACCCGCAAGGUGUUAAGAUGCUCGAGAAGUGCAGUGUCUUCCAAUGCCUGCUGAACCUGUGCUCUCUGAAGAACCAGGAUCAUCUUCUGAAGCUGAUUGUUUCCACACUGGAUUACAGUCGAGAUGGAUUGGCACGAGUCAUCCUCUCCAAGAUCCUCACUGCGGCCACUGAUAAUGGCAGGCUGUACGCCACCAAGCAUCUUCGGGUGCUGCUCCGGGCUAAUGUUGAGUUCUUCAGCAACUGGGGGAUGGAACUGCUGGUGACUCAGCUUCACGACCGUAACAAGGCCGUUUCAGUAGAGGCUUUGGACAUAUUGGAUGAGGCCUGUGAAGAUAAGGCAAACCUCCAUGCUCUGAUUCAGAUGAAACCAGCACUGACUCAUCUGGGAGACAAGGGGGUGCUUUUGCUGCUACGGUUCUUGUCCAUUCCAAAGGGGUUCUCCUAUCUAAAUGAGAGGGGAUAUGUCACUAAACAGCUUGAAAAGUGGCAGAAGGAAUAUAACCUUAAGUAUGUGGACCUCAUAGAGGAGCAAUUGAAUGAAGCUCUCACUACCUACCGAAAGCCAGUAGAUGGGGAUAAUUAUGUUCGGCGAAGCAACCAAAGGUUACAGAGGCCAAAUGUUUAUCUUCCUGUGCAUUUGUAUGGACAACUUGUACAUGAUAAAACAGGCUGUCAUUUACUGGAAGCUCAGAAUGUGGUUCCAGAUCUGAGCUACACCAUCCGCUGUCCAGAACUGGACAAAUGGGAUGGCAUUAAACAGCUUAAAGCUGCACUUUGGGCCUUGGGAAACAUUGGCACAUCCAACUGGGGGCUGAACCUUCUGCAGGAAGAAAAUGUGGUUCCAGACAUCGUCGCUCUUGCUCAUGACUGUGAGGUUUUGUCUAUCAGAGGGACGUGUCUUUACGUUCUGGGGCUUAUCUCUAAAACAAAGCAGGGCUGUGACCUCCUUAAACUCCAUGCCUGGGACGCAGUCAGGCACAACCGCAGGCAGCUGUGGCCUGUGGUGCCAGAUGAGGUGGAUCAGCACCAAAACCCACAACAGCACCACAACCCACAACAUCAGCAUCCUCUCAUUCAGCUGUCCUCAGUCCCCAGCACCCUCAGCCUGAACUCUGAGUCCACCGGAUCCAGACACAACAGCGAGAGUGACUCCACUCAGCCCAGCAUGUACAUCCUGGAUGACGAAAAGUUGGAAAGUCCUGAGGACCAGCCACUGUACUUCAGAUCCAAACUCCUAAAGGACCGCAGCCCCUUCACCAUCUUAUCCUCCAGCAGAUUGGUGCGUAACCGCUUCCUCAUCUCGCUCUCUGGAAAGAAGCUCCGCAGCACCAGUGAUCCCAAAGGCACGGGUGGCAGCACUAAACUCCAGGGUGAGCCCACACUCGGAGGCCUCAGGAGGAUUCGCACAGUCACCGAGCCCUCCAUAUACUCUCCCGUUCAAGGAGAUAUGUUCAGUCCUGUGUUUACUGACGUACAUCUGCCAAAGAGCCCCAGCGUUAAUCUGGAGACCUCAUUUGUAAGCAACAAAACCUCGGACAACCAGGGCAGCACAUCCAGUAUCUGCGAUACGGAGGUACGUCUGCAAAAAACCGCAGAUCGGAGCUCAGGUGGUGGAGAUGGUCAGCGAGAGCAGACGAUUCGGGAAAGGCUAGCCGGCGAUGGCUCCGCCCCCGGAGGCGGAGCUCAGUUCAAAAGCCGCAGUCAGAGUUUCAACACGGACACGACCACCAGCGGCAUAAGCUCUAUGAGUUCCAGCCCAUCCCGAGAGAUGGUGGGCGGCAUGGACUCGUCGACCAUCGAUACGGAUUGCGUUAGCCUCAACACGGUUGUUAGCACUCAAACUGUCAAAACGCUGCACUCCCUCACCCCCCAAUCCAAUCACCUGCCCCUUUCCAAAUCUAACUCUGUGCUGCUGAUGCCCCCAGGCUCCUCGCACACUCUACCACGCAGGGCCCAGUCCCUUAAAUCCCCCUCGGUCACUACCAUAUCAAGCCUGACGGACUGCAGCUUCAUGUACACGAGUCCGCGGGACGCGCUGGGGUACGCUACUCUGAAACGACUGCAGCAGCAGCGCAUCCAUCCAUCCCUGUCCCACAGCGAGGCGCUGGCCUCUCCCGCCAAAGAUGUGCUCUUUACUGACGCCAUCACCAUGAAAACAGGCAGCCUGGACUCCAGACUCACGCCACGCAGGUAUACUAAAAAGCGAUUCAGAUGUCUGGGCCAGGGUUCGAACAGGCCCCAUCGCAGAUCCCUGCUUCCACGGUUCCUCAAGGCUCUGAGUUUUGCAUCUCUGGAUAAGGAGGAUCUUUUGAGCCCCAUCAGUCAGACCUCAUUGCAGCGCUCUUCCUCUGUGCGGUCCAUGGUCUCCAGUGCCACUUACUCUGAUGACUACAUCGGCCUUGCACUGCCAAUGGACAUCAACACCAUGUUCCAGAUUAAAGACAUACCAUACUUCCAAAAGAGGACAAGUCCACCAUCAGAGGAUAGGACGGCAAAGUUCUUCUCUGGAGAUGCAGAUGGUUCUGGUGAAAGUUCUAGACAUUCUGUUUUGAGGUCUCAGCUCAGUAUAACAGAGUUAAUUGCGGUGAGCCGAACGGACCAGCACCAGCUGUUGGGUACGGAGGAGACCGGCCUGCAGGAGCACAGCGAUGAGAACUGCCUUUACUGUGUAGGGCUGCAGGUGCUCGGCUGCAAUUCAGACACGCCCUCCCAAACCCGCCCAGACUAUGCUGACGCUCCAUAUUCGGAAUGGUGCAACCAAACAUUACACAACCUUGAGGUGAUGCCCCAAUCGAAGUUCUCCGGGGUUUCUGGCUGCAGUGAUGCUGUUUCUCAGAGCUCUGUUGGUAGCACACGUAGCACUGAGCUCGUUCUUGGAGUUAAAAACAUUCCUGAAGAUGCUCCAGCCUGCCGUGUUCUCCUGAGGAAGGAGGUACUUCGGCUGGUCAUCAACCUCAGCUCCUCGGUGGGGACCAAAGGGAAUGAAACCGGACUUCUCACAAUCAAGGAAAAGUUUCCCUAUGCGUUUGACGACAUCUGCCUGUAUUCUGAAGUUUCUUACCUGCUUGCUAAUUGCAUGUUCAGACUGGCUUCCCGACGCUUUAUUCAGGAGCUCUUCCAGGAUGUUCAGUUCAUUCCGAUGUACGAGGAGGCCGAGAGCAUUCUGUCGAUGCCCAAGAAGUCUACCACUGUAGAUCCUCCAUCAGAGCCCUGAUCUACCAGGCGAUUUUAUGCUAUUCUCUUCCCUCAUACACCAAGCUGCCAAUCCAUUGCCCUGGCUGUGCACUUAAACUGUUCACGCAAUAAGAGACUAGGGCUGUGGAAUAAACACAGGUGGAUUGAGUGAGUCAUCUUAAAUCUUUCCACAGAAAGAAAAACUGACGGUACCUUAAGAGAACAAACAGGCCUGAACAAAAACAAUCUACCGACAUGCUCCACAGACAUCUACGGUGGAUGUUGUAAACAAAUAAAUUUGACUGACAGUUACAACACAUUCAAAUUACACGGUUACGCAAACUACUUGAUGGAACGGAAAACUGAAUUACAAUGGAAAAAUUGUCAAUGCAAAUUGUAUUUAAACACAAACCAAAUUCAAGGCUCUCUAGGAUGUUUGACCUUGGCAAUUCCUCUUUGGCCGUUAUUAUCCUGUUUAUAAGGAUGUGUUGCAUUGCACGUGACUUCCUGGUCAGAUCCCUCAACACUACAACAUUCCGAUUGUUUCUCUUUGGAAUUCUCUCUUGCUAAUCCUGUCUUUCAAUGGAACAUGAAGAAGUGGCUUUUGCAACAAGAAUGACAAACCCUCAGCUUUAGUUUUGAUGCAACUGCUCGGCAAGACAAUCAUCACGAAGUAAUAAUAAUGGACAAUUGCCAGAUCACUUUUCUUUUCUGCCUAUUCAAAUCGACUCUUAUCUUGACACCAAUACACAAGUAAAUGUGCACAUACUUGACGGUUUUGUUAUGCAAUUUUACAAUAUUUAAAGUAUUGUUUAACUGCAUUAAAACCAACCUCUGAAACGUCAUUCGAAAAAUCUCACAUUUGCACCAAUAGUAGACAUAUUUAUUUAUUUAUAUAAUUAUUUAUUGUUUGGUCCAAGCAGCUCCUAGGUCCUUUACACUUCAAUUUCAUUUCCAGCUUGAUAGUCGGGAUAAAACUCAGCUGCAUGUUAUAUAUGUCUGACGGUCAGUUAAAAACGUGAAGCGUUAUGCCUCUGGUGUUUAGCAGUUUAAUUCUAUUUCUGUUUUGCAACUAACCCACCUAUGAAUUGUUUUUAUCUUUCUGUAUGGAAAAUCAUUAGUGACGCAUUUUUAAAACCAAAAAACAGACUUAUGAAACAUGUUUUACAAUAUUUGUGCUAUGACACAGAGGUCAUCAUCAGUUAUUCUUGUAGAAGUAAUCAGUCUUGUUGUCAUCUGACCCAAAUAUUUUUCUCACUGAGUCUCCCCUUAGAAGUUCUUGUAGUUUUUUUUUUUUUUUGAUGUGCUGUUUUGAUUAGUCCAGCUGGUUGUCUAAGUAAAGAAUUAAGGUUAAACUGACAAUUUCAUUAUCAAUAAAUGGUAGUGAUUAUUUGUAUUAUAUAUAAAUUUAGGUUGUCCAUUAAAAAAAAUAUAUAUAGCAGCAAUUCUCAGUAUUACAGCAUUUACAGUCUCCAUAGAUUUUAGUCCCAUAUAAGGUCAUAAGAUUCCCUAUGUGCAUUUUACAUUUAGAGUAAUAUCUGAUUUCAGAUCUGAUCUUAUUUGGUGGUGGUUUUGGUUAUUUUCACUUAUUUGUAUUGGCUUUAAUCCAUGUAAAAUUCAUAUGAAAUGGCCCUUUUUAUUUAUUAUAAAAACAACCUAAUCUGUCUGUGCCUCUGAAUUAAGCAUCAGGUUUAAACGUCUGUUAAUAUUUGCAUUGUGUGGUCUGCAAUAAAAGUUGUUGCAGUAAUUCAUGCUGAUGAAAUUCUAAAUGCAUGUGCAUUUUAUCUCGUCUGCAAUAUAAUUGUUAGAAUUAGUUUUCCAAGAGCAGCUUGGAAUUAAGUAUCAGGUGAUGCUGCUUAAACUAAAUAGUUUGUUUAGUUUAAUUUGGCCUUAAUAAAAAUAAUUUCUUUCGGAAGCUGUCCCUAAAAAUUUCCUCCCAUCCUAAGUGUUCCUAAAGGAAAUUGUUGUCGAAUGCAUCUGAAGCGCUCAGGCCAUUAGUAUCAGAGGGUGGUGAUAUCUUUGUGGGUUUUUCCACAGUGUUAAAUCAUGUUUUUGUUUUGUAUUUCUCCCACUGGGGGUUGUUUGUACCCCUCAGGAUGACCGUAAGCCAUGGUUUAAGGAUUUUUAUUGAAAUGCUGGUAUUAAAUGCACUUUUUAAAACCUUAAUGACAAUAAUGAAAGCGGCAAUUAUUUCAAAGUACUAAAUUGUAUUUGCUGACAAAGUUCCAAAUAUUAGGGGUUGUUUUUCAUCACCGUCGAUGCUAAAAGUGUAAAGGAAAUGCGUAUAUUUUUAAUGUACAUUUGUUCAUUGUAAAACUAAAACAUGUUGCACCUUUCAGUGAUCUUUUUCUGUUAGUGCACUCAUGAUUUUGCAGAGCACUGUAUGAAAUUUAAGCACCAUGUAGUAAUGAAUUUCCAGUGAUGGAUGCAAGUGUUAUUUAUAUUUUCCCUGAAGGGUAAAAAGUCAAACUGUUGUACAUAAUUCUGAUGUUUUCUUUACGAUGGGCUUUUGUUGUAUAAUUUAAUGUGUUUUGGGCGUAGGGAGGGGGCAUUAGUUAUGAGCCUUGAGAAACAAUCUAAUGAAAGGGAUGCAUCCUUAAUAAAAAUAAACCUACGUUUCCUUGA